UGAUUUUGUGCAAUUUCCUGUCAAUUUUUUUCUCCAUUGGAUAGAAAAUAAGGUUAUGUUUGCAAAUAGUUUUGAAGUAUUCCUCUCCCUCUCUCGUUCAGUUUCCUCGUCGUCGAUGGCUGCUUUUCUACAGUAAUUUCGUGGAGCGGUCUCAGUUUCAGGGUUUGUUGAGAUGGAUUGUGUCACUCCAAUGGUUCUCUGGUGUGCUGGAGUUGCGGACAUCGACGCGCUUUCUACAAAGCAUCUAAUAUUUGCAACUCACAAAAGCUUCACUUCGGGGAGGAAAUCAUUGAACUCUGUUUUUUCUAGGUCGGGUUGUUCUCGAUACCCCGUUUCUCGAUUUCGUAUUCGGGCCAAGCGCUCUCGUUUUCAAGAUUUUCAGGAUUAUGCCAAACCUUCACAUCUUAUACAAGCCUCAGAAUUGGGGGUCUGCACGAAAACUUCAAUUGAGAAAAUCCUAUCAUCUUUGAAGGGAAAUGAAUCUCAGGCCUUGAUCAAGGUUGAUAUAAGCACUAGCAAGCUCUAUGGAUCAAGUGUAAGUGACUUGAAUGCUGGAAUUCUCCUGUGUUUGAUAGAUGAAAAGGGAAAUUCUAUAUUACAGAGAAUACCUUCAAGUUUGAUGACACAUGAUCUUUCUAAAGAAAAGGAUAUUUUGGAUGGUCCUGAAAUUCUCUUGUUCCAGAGGGGUUCCAUUGAUGAGUUUGUCUUCGAGGGACCUAAAUUGGGUAGAUUAGAAGCCGUCUGGCUGAGCGUUGAUUCAGGCCAGUGGAGAGUAGGAAGUCUAAGCUUGUAUGUCAUAUCUCAAUUAAAAUCUGAGGGGGAAGAGCUUCAGUACAUGGGCCUCAAGUUUGAAUUCCCAGCUGAGGAUAUAUUACUUGGGGAGGGCAGCGACAAGUCAAUGAUAGAACUUAGGCCUUGCCUCGUAUCGGAAGUAUCUGGAAUUGAGCCCUUAUCCUUCCUGAACAAAAGCUCAAAUUUAGCCACCAUCGACAGUAUAUCCAAUGAGGAAAGCAUGAAAGAAUAUGCAGACUUGAAGCUCUCUUUGCUUGCUUAUGAUGCGUUGUUGAUCCUUGCUGGCACAUCUGUUUCAUCCUUCUUAGCUGGUGAAAAUGCCGGUCUUGCAUUCUUAGCUGGUGGCAUUCUUGGCUUCUUGUAUCUGCUGCUCUUGCAAAGAUCCGUGGACGAGUUACCUGCUCCAACACCAAUUUCUGAAACAACUAGGAAUGAAGAUCAACGAUACAAAGGCCCUCUAUCGGCAUUGGCACUGGCAGUUGGAUUUUCCAUUCUUACAGUUAAGUUCAACUUGGGAGAUUCAACCAUGAUACUGUCGCCUAAAGAAGUGGUGAUAGGAAUGCUGGGAUUUCUUGCAUGUAAAGUUGCUGUUGUUUUGGCUGCAGUAAAGCCAAUGGCGCUGGGUCGAAAGGUAAAUGAAUGAACGUGAAUGUUCUUUUAUUGGAAUGUCUGAGAUUUAGUGUAUUUUUCAAAAUAGAAAGAUAGAAUAUGAAACAAUCCAAUUGGCGAGAAAAUAGAGAGAGAGAGAGCGAGAGAGAGAGAGAGAGAAGGAAAGGAUAAAAGAAAACAAAACAAAAGAAAAGGAAAGAAAGAAACUGACCAACAUAUUGUGUAGGGGAAGUAUACUUGCAUAUAAUGUAGGAUUUAUAUGUAUAUAUUAUACUUUUGCAUCUGGUUGGAAAUAAAGCUUUCACUUGCCCUCCAUUUCGGGCAUCUUUUCGUUGAUUA